AAAAACUGAUUGAGGGACUCAAAUCUCCUGAGACCGCGCUUCUGCUCCCCGAUAUCCUGCCUCUCGCUGACCCCUUCGGUAGCACCUCAGACGCUGUGAAUGGAAAACCCGACGUAGCUGUUGAGAGCCUCAUACCGGGCCUGGAGGCUCCGCUGCCCCAACGCCUGGUGUCGCAGCCCGAGUCUGUGGCCUCCAACAGAACAGACUCUCUCACUGGGGAAGACUCUCUGCUUGACUGUUCUCUGCUUUCUAACCCUGCCGCUGACCUCGUGGAUGAGUUUGCUCCCGUAGCUUUCGCAGCUCAGCCUCACAAAGAAGAUACUAACCUGAUCUCAGGCUUUGAUGCUCCUGAGGGCUCUGAAAAAGUGACAGAAGAUGAGUUUGACCCAAUUCCAGUGUUGAUAUCCAAAAAUUCACAAGGUCUGCAGAGGGAUCCAGCCCUGUUCCCCGCUGCAGCCCUUGAGCUCUGUAAAGGACCUCCCGGCAGCGACGGCCUCGCGUUGUACAAAGCUCGGGCCGAGAGCCUGGAGGUGAAGACGCAGCACAACGCGGAGCCGGACUUCGUCGCCAGGGAUGGGCCUUCCAGCAACAGCUCCUUCUACAGCAGCGAGGGAGAGGGGACGGACCACGAAGCAGAUAUUUUGGAUUGCAGCGGCUCCAGGCCUUUACUGAUGGAUUCGGAAGAGGAGGAGGAAACCGGCAAGGUGUGCGCAGGGUUACUUCAGCCCAGGGAAAGACGCGAGGCCUCCAAAGAAGAUCCCCGCUCCCAGUCUGCCCAGUCCAGAGCAGGGGAGUCGCUGUUCCCUGCCUUCCAGUCGCACACCGGGGAGGUUUUUAACGAACCCGAUGUCUUUGCCACGGCUCCUUUCCGCAGCUCGAGAAAAGUGUCUGAUGAGGUGGACGUCUUCACCAGAGCUCCUUUUCUGUCCAAGGGCAACGUGGCUCUUAGGCAUCCGGAAGAAGCGGACGUGUUUCUGAGAGCUCCUUUCACUAAAAAGAAAAGCGUGGAGGAGUUGACUUCCCACAGCGCGUCCAAGGAACCGUUCGCACCACCCCUCUUCCCGAGCCAAGGAGGCGAGAGGGGGGCGCCCCAGCACCGAGCCAACGCCGUGUUCCCAAGCCUGGAUUCGGCAAUGCGCGGGUCCCCGGCCACAGCCAGACCUCAGUACCCCUCUGCCGGGUUUACCCAGCCGAGCAAUCUCCAUCCCUCGUCCGUGAGAGCCGUGGAGACGCAGGAAACGCCCCCGUCCAAGGGCGUGCGGCAAGAGCAGGGCGGCGAGAGGAGCCCGGCAGGACCCCAGGAAGCCGCGCUGGGCUCCGCGGCGAACAAACCUUUCCGUCCGCAAUCCCUAUCGAAAUAUUCCCGUCACUACAGCCCCGAGGAGGGGCAGGGUCUCGACGUGAAGCCCAUAGCUGCUUACAAGGUGGUUUCUCAGACC